UGCACUUGCAAAGUAAAAUGGAUCUCUCUGUUUUGUUUAUGCCAAACAGCCAAACGACAGAGGAUGAAGGUAAUGGGCUGAAAAGAACUCAAAACGUAGAAACGGAAAUAAAGCAAGCCGAAUUAAUGCAGUUGUUUCAUAAAAUGAUAAAAAUUCCUGAGCUGACAAAAAAUGCAGUCGUUCAGUGAACAUGCAAUGCAUGCAAUGCGCAGACUGUCAAGUCACGUGUUGGACAAUGAAUUUUCUACCACUGGAGAUUGGAUCAGGAAUUUUAUCCAGAUAUUUCUACUCAUCUUUACGUUCAUGCCUUAGUCUUGACAGCAGCAGACUUGGCAGCGAAUCAUGCCAACUGGUUAACACUGUACUUUGAAUUGUUAAGUAGAAAACAAGUACAAAUGAUAAUAGCACUAGCAUUGUUCACCGGUGAUGGGAAAGUUCAGCAGAAAAUCUUGCAGCUAGUGUUUUGCAGCUUGAUUGGAUUUCCACAAGAAUGUGUUUCUGGAGUGGAACUUUGCAUGAAAGAACUAGAGCGAUUAAUACUAGUUCAGAGUAUGAACAACAAUAUUCUGUUGUGAAUCUCGAAUAAAGCCUCCUAGAAUUAUACCAGGAAAGAAUUAGCGCCCUUAUUUUUUAUUGCGUAAGAAGAACGCCUGGAUGCGUCCUUGGCCAAAUUGAAGUCAACUUUUGAAUUGCAACAGAUUAGUGAUGCUCCAAUGUCUGCAUUGAUGAAAUUAAAUGAAUAUAAGUUAGCAGCAAUGAGAUGUUCUGAAAGGACGACGCAAGCAAGUUUAAAACCAGCAGAUAAUAAUACUAAUAAUUUGCAACAUAGAUUUGCGCAAGUAAUAGCUAAGUCUUGUAGAUUACACCAAUUAUCAUUUGAUAUUCAACAGUGUUCGAAAGGGAUAAAAUCUGAAAUAACUAUAUUAACAGAAAAGCUUAGUGAGACAGAUCAAACUAGAAAAGCGCUUAUAGAGAAACAAGAAAUCGAAUCUUUGAAAAAAAUUGUAAUAGAGAAGUCAACAAAUUUGGAAAAUAUGUUAGAGAAAAAUAAUGCAGAGCUGGGAACUAGUCAAAGUGAUAUAUCUGCACUUAAGUAAAAAAAUCACAAUUGACAUAUGCUACAGACAUAUGACUAAACCAUAUCGAAGAAAGAUAAGAGUAUUCAAAGAAUAAAAGGAGAAUUGUCAGAGUUGAGUUGCAUGCGGGAUAUGAUUUAAGCUUACUACUAAAAACAAAGACGACAUAAAUUCAAAUUAGUGACUAUUAAUAAUCUCAGUUGUUUGAGCCGACAGUUAAGAAAUAUACAGUAAGGUCUUGCAACAGUUCUAAUGUAAUUUCUGUUUAUUUAUAUCAUAUAUACACGUAUAUACACAUACAUUUUUUAAUAAAAAUUAUGAAAUUA